UUUCUUUAAUUGGUAUUUAAAUAGCACCAAUACUAUCAAUGUUAAAAUCUACCGGAAACUAUUAAAUUCAUUGUUUCCCGAUGUUUGCCGAAAUGAGUUGACGCGAUAAUUUUAUGAAUUUGAACUUUAUUAUUGCGAACAAAAAAUGAGUAAAGUGAUUUCAUUCGUGUUCGUCGUGUCGCUUUUGAAACUUUGCCUAUGUUCAGAAGAACACACGUUUUACGUGGCUCUCGAUUCCGAUGGAGGUCCGUACAUCGUUUCGCAGGAGCCUCAAAGUUGGGUUGUCGAAGCAACCUACAUCAUCAAAAUCGAGGAAGAGGGUUUCACAUACCUCACAUUGACAUCGAAUCCAGACUAUCCUGAUUCAGUCCAGGCGUACAGCGCAGGAUAUCUGGAAGGGUUUAUGACUUAUAAACAGAUCAACCAGUCUUUUAUCAACCAAUACGUCGAAGACAUAAUUCCUACUGGAGAUGUAAAAAAUUUCCUAGUUGAUAACUUCAAUUACGUAAUGAAAAUGAUCGAGAAAAAUUUAAAUGACACUUAUUGGUACCAAGCAGGGUUGUUGGUGUAUCAAAUCAAAGGCAUGGAGGAUGGCUAUUUGGGUUUGCCUGCAAAAGUAUCCCAAACUAUAGACCCGAUGGGUUUGUUCUGGAUCUACAAUUGGUACUUGACCGAACUGACCGACAUCCAGAUGAAGUAUGCCAGGGGUAAGUCGACGAUGGGAUCCGGCUCUUGCAGCGCCAUGAUAAGAUACACGGGCGAUGACCUUAUUGCUGCGCACGUCACCUGGUCUGACUACAGUACAAUGUUGAGAACUUUGAAAAAGUACAAUCUGAAGUUCAAAAUGAACCCCACAAGCAACGAUAACAUCCCAGGCCACCAAAUUCUAGAAAGUUCCUACCCCGGAAUAGUUCACUCAGUUGACGACUACUACGUCACAAAUGAGAAACUUGUCAUAAUCGAGACAACAAAUGACAUUCAAAAUGACACUCUCUACGACUUCAUUGUACCGAACGGAUCCGUACCCUAUUUUCUUCGAGUCUCAUUGGCUAAUCGUCUCAGCAAAUCAGGGCUCGACUGGACCAAAUAUUUCGCGAUGUACAAUUCUGGAACUUACAAUAACCAAUGGAUGGUAGUUGAUUACAAAAAAUUUGCCCCUCAUACUCCAAUUGGACCCGGAACUCUGUACGUUCUGGAACAAAUGCCGGGUUUUGUUGUCACCAAAGACAUGUCAGAAUCUUUGGAAUUGGAUCUGAAUGCAUGGGUUAGCUACAACAUUCCGGCGUUUACUGAGACCCAAGAAAAAAACAACUACACUGCGUACAUAAAUGAGUAUGGGCCGUUUUUUUCGCAUGACCAUUGCCCUCGAGCUAAUAUUUUCAGACGAGAACUCUCGAAAGUUGUCGACUUAAACUCGAGCAUAGCUUUAAUGCGCUACAAUGACUAUCAGAACGAUCCUUACGCAAAGGCAAACUGUACACCUCUAGCUUACAGUGCUGAAAACGGUAUCAGCGCCAGAUGUGAGUUGAAUCCUACAACUCAAAAUUGUAAAAUUGCAGCAGAAGGCUCGAGAUGUCACGGAGCGACUGAUUUGAAAAUGGUCGGAAUGAGCUUGGUGAAAUCAAUGCAGAUGAUUGCUAUUAGCGGACCAACACAUGAGCAACAGGAGCCGUUUGAUUGGUCUAAACAGAACGGCACUGCGUGUUCCAACAGACUGCACGAAGGUCAUCCCACAACGUUUGCGUUCGAUCCAGUUCUUGUCAGUCUUUAGAAAGGAUUCAAUUGAAAAGUUACCUAGAAGCUAACUUAUUUUAAUUUGAUUAAUUAUAUUUUUAGAGUUAGUCCAGCAGAAAUUAAUAUAUAUCAAAAAUGGAGCAUCAAAUAAAAUUUAAGAAAUGCGCAAACAUAGAAAACUAUUCAUAA